AUGGCGGACAUCAAGGACAUCUUCGGCGAGAGCGACUCCGAGGAGGAGGAGGACCAGGGCGGCGACGUCGGGAAGCUCUUCGAGCUGAGCGACGACGACGACGACGACGACCUGCCCGUGGCGCCGCCGCCGGCGCGGAGCCGGCUGAAGCAGCGGGGCGCCCCGGCGGCGCCCGUCGAGGGCGGCAACGCCUACGACAGCGACGACGAGCCCGAGGAGGACGACGCGGACCGCGCGUUCAUCGACGCCGAGGGCGACGACCAGGAGCUCCUGGCCGAGUACGCGUCGGAGAAGCAGAACUUCCGCGAGGACCGGCCCGGCGGCGACGACUUCGAGGCCGACGAGCGCGCGAAGCCCGCGGGCCGCGGCCGCGACGACGACAACCCCAUGGCGCCGACGCUGAACCGGAUGAAGCGGAAGCGGACCAAGGAGAUGGCGACGGACGAGAAGGACAAGGUCGUGAGCGCGCUGCUGGGGACCAUGGACGGCGCGUUGAAGGAGGACGCCGCGGCCGCCGAGGAGGGCGCGCCGGCGCUCGCGAAGCUGAAGCUCCUGCCCGUCGUCGAGCGCGUCUUCAAGCAGAAGGCGCUGGCGAACACGCUCCUCGACUUCGACGCGCUCGACAUGGUCGCCCAGUGGCUCGCGCCGGGCGCCGACGGCAGCCUGCCGACGCUCGCCGUGCGCGAGGCCCUGCUCCGGAGCCUCGGCGGGCUGCCCGCGCAGCCCGAGCACCUCAAGCGGAGCGGCCUCGGCAAGGUCGUCAUGCGCUACGCGCGGAGCAAGAAGGAGACGGAGGGCAACCGGCGCCUCGCGCGCAAGCUCGUCGAGGCCUGGAGCCGGCCCGUCGUCGGCAAGCACGUCGACAUGAAGAACUUGGAGGCCGCGACGGAGAUGCGCUUCAAGCGCGACGUCCGCGGCAAGGUCGCGGCCGUCGACCAGAAGAAGGACGACGCCGACGAGAUCUUCGCCAAGGAGGGCGAGGAGUCCAAGGACCGGCCCCGCGUCCGCGUGCCCAACUUCAACGGCUUCGACUUCACCGUGCGGCCCCUGUCCGGCGCGGAGCCGGUCACGGGCCGCCGCAAGGCCGCGCCGUCGGCCGACUCGUCCAAGGGGCGCCUCGCGAAGAAGAUCAAGAAGCGCUAG